ACUAUUUUAAUACCAAAUUCCGAAAGACUCAGUAUAUGACUCUGAGUUGAGACAAAGAUCGCCUAACCAAAGAGAAAAAUAUCAAAGCCAUGGCUUUGCAAUUGUGGGAGACUUUGAAGGAGGCGAUUACGGCGUAUACGGGUCUAUCUCCGGCCACUUUCUUCACCGUCCUUGCUCUGUUGUGGGCCGUUUACUAUGUAAUAACGGGUCUAUUCGAGUCGUCAGAUGAUCACCAUCAACUCUCUAGGGCUUUGGAGGAGCAGAUGGAGCCGCUCCCACCUCCGGUUCAGCUGGGCGAGGUAUCGGAGGAGGAACUUAAGCAAUGUGAUGGGUCGGAUCCCAAGAAGCCACUCCUCAUGGCCAUCAAAGGCCAGAUUUAUGAUGUUUCUCAAAGCAGAAUGUUUUAUGGACCGGGUGGACCUUAUGCAUCGUUUGCUGGAAAGGAUGCCAGCAGAGCUCUUGCAAAGAUGUCAUUUGAAGAAAACGAUUUAACCGGGGACAUAUCCGGUCUCGGUCCAUUUGAAUUGGACGCUUUGCAAGAUUGGGAAUACAGGUUCAUGAGAAAAUAUGUUAAGGUCGGAACCAUCAAGAAGACUGUUCCAGUAACAGAAGGGGAUGACAGUGGUGAAGCCUCGGGAGCUACCGAGAGUGAUGCGAAGCUGGCUGAAGAUGGUCCAUCACAAAGUGCAGUUGUCGGAAAUGAGGAAAAAUCUUCUGGGUCUGAUGGUAAGGAGGAGUGAUAUGUUCUUGGUUCGAACGAGUCACAGGUCUUCUACCAGAGAUGUCGUAAGAUAUAAUGUUUAAAUUAAUGCAUUCUGUGAAUCUUUAUUCCAUAUAUAAGCUCUCUGUAUACAGGUACUCUUGUAGCAAACUUACUUCAAUAUUCAGUUCAUCAUAAAUAAUUGGGGAUGUUAAAAACUUACUUUCCGGUCGGUUCGAACUUAUUUAUUUUGAAUA